CACAAAUUGCCAAAAAUCUUGCAAAAUGUUGUUUGUCAAUUUUGAAUUGGAACUAAACCCAGAGCAGCAUCAGGAACAGAAACUAGAUGAACGUAAAAAAUCGUCCCCCCCAAAUCUCGUUCCCUCCAUAUUCUCCAAUGUCCCAAAAGUCAAUUUGCAUCGACCAUUGGAAGUUCAAUUUUUGAAUGACGAUUUUCCCAUGAAGGUGGACUUAAUGGACAUAUCGUCCAGAGAAACUGUAGGAUCGUUAUGGAAAAUACCUAUCGUAGAUUUUGCCAGGAAGAUAAUUUGUAAUGACGAGAUUUUAAAUAAGGAGUACUUAUCUCCCUUGGGACUGCAGUCGUUUAGAACCGCAGUAGUCACCAUGUUGCUAGGUCAUGACCACGAGGCUAUAAUCGAACGCAGGUGUUUUGCUGUCCAGACCUUAUCCCGUACUGGUGCCUUAAGACUGGUAGCUGAAUACCUACUAACCUUUGAUAACUGUAAAGAAGCUUACAUUUCGGCCUACGGUGAUUAUCGUCACGAAGAAAUAUUUCAGCAAGCGGGUUUUAAAACCCUCCCAAAAUAUCGACACUGGAAUCACGUGGUGAAGAAAUUCGACUUUAAGUGUUUCGUGGAAGAUCUCAAAGAUGCGCCUCAGGGUUCGGCGAUUCUUUUCCACGCUUGUGGAUACGAUGGUUGUGAUCCUUCCAAGCAAGAUUGGGGGAUGGUGGCUAAAUUUUUGAAGAGGAAGGGGAUGGUUCCCAUAUUUGAUAUUGGAUGUCAAGGGUUUGCUACAGGAGAUAUGAACGAGGAUGUUUGGAGUGUGAGGUUAUUCAUCUCCUACGGUUUUGAGUUGUUUUGUAUUAAGAACGCUGGUCGAACUUUUGGCCUGUACAACACCUGCAUAGGCAGCUUAACCGUGGUAUCAGAUAACGCCCUAAAGGUGAUUCCAAUGAAAUACAAAUUCGUUCAGCUUAUCGGGGCGAUGUAUCACUCGCCCCCAGCGCAUGGCGCCUUGGUUAUUUCCUACAUUUUAAACAAUCACGAUGCUUACACCGAGUGGAUCGGGAACUUCAUGAUGUUCUCCAAAACGGUGAAUCAGAUGAGGGAGCUGCUUAGAUCAACUUUGGAGUGCAUGUGUACUCCAGGCGAUUGGUCCUUUUUUACGGAUCAAAAGGGGUACUUUACUUACACGAGUUUUAGCAAGAACCAAAUAAAGUAUUUGAGGGAAGUGCACCAUGUCUACAUGGUGCCGUCAGGAAAGUUGAGCAUGAUGGGGGUCACCCCCUUAAAUGUGGAGUACAUCGCUUUCGCUAUGAAAGAUACUGUGAUAAAUGUGUUAUAA